AUGACUUGUCUUGUUGGAGAAGGUUGUCUCGGUGCAAUAGCCAAGCUAGUGUUACAGCAGGUUGGCUGGAGUCCACUACCAUUCGAUUUGCCGUGUGAAUUUUAUGGAUGGUAUUCUCACAGUUACGUGGAUAGUGAAGAUGUAUCGCGGGUUCUGUUGACCAGAAGAUGGCGUCUUGAGGCAAUGGAAAAAGAAUGUGCCACCUGCGUGAAAUUAUCCCAGAAUUCGGAUACUAUUCUAUCCUCUGAAGAUCAGUUUCUGUUUCUACACGUGGAUGCAUCGCUCAUCAACCACCACAGGCCUCCAGUAUCUGAGCAGAAGAAGAAAGACUGGAGACUCAACCGUGACCAUUUCCUUGGGGAAUUAAAAAAGUACACCUCAGCCCUGAGAAAUUCGGGCGGCGGUGCCAUAUUUGUACAUAUUCAUGAUCUGGAUGUUGCAGACAGCUAUCUGGACCAUUUUCAUGAAUUAGUUGAUUCAAAGCUCAAUGAUCUUAUUGAAGACGGAAGCCUCUUUGUCCAAGUGUACAAAAAGAAUUGGUUGACCUGCGUUGAAGAAAACAUUAAUGAAGAGGAUUGCGAUGUGGGAAGAAAUACAGGUGGUGGCAUCGAUCAGAAUGAAUAUCGGAGUGUAGUUGGUGUGACAGUGAUACCAUCUCUCACAGUUGUUACCGUGGAUUUUAAGACAAAACUCCCCCUGGACAACAGUAUCAUCGAUCCGUGCAAUUCUGACAUUGUACAAUUUCUUUCACGGAAGAUACCAUUCCAAGACACUACUAGCAAAAUACGAGGUCUGAAGGAGCUGAGAGAGAGCCGCAGCAUUGAAGUUAAGGGUUUCAAAUUCAAAGACUGUGAUCAACAUAUAGAGAGGGAGCUUCUUAAUAACCCUUCAAAGCUGGCAGAUUACAUCUGGAACCGAGCAAAGAUUGGACAUUACAUCAGCGCCUUCACGAAGAUCGAUGGUGGCGGAUCGUUUUAUCUCGGAAUCCUAGAACGAGAAAAAAUAUAUGAUGCGUACAGAUCAAAAGUUUACUCAACCACAGGAAUAGCUGUUCCACUUGAGAAACAUUCCAAGCUUAAAGAUCUCAUCAAGAAGAAGAUCGGUGCUGAAACACUGGUUCUUCCAUUUGACGUUGAAGCUCAACUAAAACCCUUAUCUCCAGACACUGUGAAGAUAGAGUUUCAUCAAGUGCGUGACAAACUAUUUGUUCUCGAAGUUGCAGUUCCAGCAGUCAACGGGCUGAUGUUUUAUCACAGAGCUGGACCUGAAGCCUAUGACAUGUACAAAACCGAUUCCCCAAGACGACUAGAGCUUCUGGAAUGGCAACGUCGACUUCUGAGAUAGUCUCAAGUGCCAUGUCAAAUUGCAAACAAACCCAAUUAACUGAAAAAGUUUUAAAAAAUCGGAUACAGGAAGUAGAUGUGAAGUCAUUUAAUCAUCAUCCCCCUCAUUUUUGGCAAGUCGCCAAUAGCUUUGACAACAUACAACACCAUGUGUUCCAAGAAGGCAGGAUGUGUUUCUAUCCAGUUGUGGCCCCAGGCUCUGAUGACGAGGUCCUUAUUGCUAUCAGGGAGAGAUUGCUGGCUAUAUCGUGUCACACCGGAUUUGCCUUCACAGCAAGGACGAUGGCUGUAUCAGCAAAUAUCAACUCCAAGCCGAAGCCGAAGGAGGCCCUUUAUGACGUGAUUCUAUUUCUCACAGGAAAACCAACUACUGUCUUUACAGUCAUUGAAGACACGAGCACAAGGAAGGCAAAAUGUGAAGCAUUAAUAUACACCCAGAGCAUCGCUAAAGGAUUAGUGAAAGGGAUCCGGCAGCUGACGGAUGAACAAUUUAGUGUUGUCUUUGGACUCGUGACUAAAACUGAUGUGACAGACGAUGUCCUUUUCUGUCGCGCAAUUGAUGCCAUUAAGGCCAAAACGUCACGGCUCUGUGUGCCAGUAACAUUGGCAAUGUCUGAACAGAAGUACCUAAAAGUUACCAGAGCUUUCCUGAUAUCUGUGGCAAUCACCGACUGUGUUUGCAGCGAAGGCGAAGAUUCGCUGUGGUUUCUCACUCUGAAUCAGUUCUGUGCAUUAACUCAUAACAUUGACGCAGCGGAAGUGGAGUUGACAACACACCCUUCAUGUGGAAGGAAGGUGCUGCUUCUGGAAGUGGCUAAACGCUUACAGAAGUCAGGGCCUACAUUGCUGGUCUUACAGUCAGAUGCCUUAGUGAAAGCAGCGAGUCGCGCCGACACUUGUUCUUGUGUCCUCCAUGCUGACAAUGUCACCAAAGAAAUUAUGAAGGAGAAGAUACCAGGUAUCGUGAACAUUGUCACCGACUCGGAUGUCAUUGGACUCCUACAGAACAUGAAGAUUGAAGGAAGUGUGUGGUAUUUCCAGCAUCAGUUGCUACCAGAUCUCAAACUUCCCAAAGAAAGAACUAUCGAUAUUGGAGUCUUGCCAAAAGAUAAUCUAGGAUGUCGGGAGUUGCAGGGCCUGCCAGGAUGUGGCCACAGUUCCUGGCUGCGGAAACAGUGUCUAUGGAACAAGGGACGAAUGUUUCACUGGCCAAAGGUGUUCGUGGUGCUAUGUGAAGGUUGCCUGUAUUACUACUACAAAGAAACUGCAAGUGCACCAGUUGGAUCAUUUUCCUUAUACGGAUUUAAUUCUGUUUCGAGGGCAUUUGAGAUUCAACCAAAGGAAGCACCUUGGGUUUUCAAAUUAGUUCACACCUACGCGGAUUACAAGACAUAUUUAUUCUCGGCUUCAUCAGAGGAAGAAAUGAAGGAAUGGAUGAAAAUGAUAAAGACCGAAUUGGUACUUGCAAAUCUCGGGACCACGCGACCAAUCAGAGAUCUGGGAGACUACAGUGUCGAGGAUUCAAAUAUAUAUUCAGAGAUUGAAUCAGACAUCUAUAUCAACGUGCAGGAGUUUGUUGUGCCACAAAGCUACACAACAAAACGAACGGGAGAUUACAGUGAAGAUGCAGACUUGUGCCGGAUAAGAGAGCGAGCUAUAACGGCGUUAAUAUCCAGGGACAAAGGAGGUGAACAAAGACGGGGAACACCUGAUGGAGCUAGUGUGGAAGAGAAGGAACAAGCAGAUACCCUGCCACCGACCGACUCAGAUGCUGUCUCGGAGAAGAAAAGGAAAAAUUACUGGGGAUCGAUCCACUUCCUCAGGUCUGAUAAGAAAAAGGCUUCAUCAAUCAUUCAAACUCUUGGCGAGGAUGGUGUAUAUCUGGUCAGGGAUUGCACCGAUGGACAGAAGGUCUUGAUUGUGUUUCUAGAAGGCAGCACAAGAAAGUUUAGGAUAUUGUUUGAGGAGGACGUUUACUUCCUGGAGAGCAACAUAGCGGCAUCCUUUCCAUCGUUAGAGCAACUACUGCAUCAUUACUAUAGAGCUAACCUACCUCGCUAUAGCGCCCCUCUGAGAACACCGUACCAGCUCCACCCAAUGUACAGCAUGAGUUUGCUCUGACCUUGUGACGUUCACGUCUUGACGUAAAUACAAAACGUCAACGUAAGAGAAGAACCAAUCUCGAUUAUCCGAGAAAACGGGCUCAAAUUGGCGUGAAAGGCAAAGGAGCGGUGAAAAGUAUAGAAGUGAAUCACUGAAAAUCAGUGAUGACACCAGGUGUUCGCGAAAAGGGUGAGCAUGUAUUGCCGUGCCUUGUGUGUUCCGGCCUAUUGCCUUUCACGCCUUGACUAACGCUAUACCAGCCCCAACCAGUGUUAAAGCAAAGUAUUCUCCGACCUUAUAAUGAAAUGUUCAUUCUGAUGUCGAUGUUUUUUUUAUACCUAUCCAAGUGGAUCCCUCACUUAGAUAGUCUGGUACUCCUUCAAGCUGAUGCCAGGUUGUCGUAUUGGAUGGACUUAUUUCUCAAGACAAGGUUUCACACCAACAGAGGAUUCCGACACCUUUUAUGACGUACCUCUAUGUAUGCACAUGUACUUCGACCCCUGAAGAUCCGGGGUAGAAUAGGUCUUCAGCAACCCAUGCUUGCCGUAAAAGGUGACUAUGCUUGUCGUAAGAAGAGACUGACGGGAUCGGGUGGUCAGACUCGCUGAAUUGGUUGA